AUGAGUCCUCCAGCCAACCACGACGACCGGGAUAGCGAUAGCGACGACUCCAUGCCUGAAGAGCCCCUCGAUCUCACGCGUGACGAUGGAUGGGAGGAUGUAGAGCCUGAAGAAGAGAGCGAGCCCGUUGUAGGCCUCUUCACAGAUAAGGUCUAUCCUGACACUCGUUCAAUGUUGGACGAAUGCAAGGAGAAGUUUGAUUUUGACCUUGUACGCGUACGGAGAGAGUUAGAGCUUGAUUUCCUUGGGACUAUCAAACUGGUCAAUUAUAUCCGUUCAGAGGUCAAGAACGGCAACAUGAAACCAGAUGUCUCCAGCACCGCCCUGUUCGAAGACGAGAAGUAUCUCAAACCUGUACUGGAAGACGAUGCGCUGCUGUAUAAUUUAGACGACAUAGCUGUUGGGGAACAAUUGGAGGUUACAGACAAGUUGGAGAGGAUGACCGAUCCAACCCGGAUAAAGGAACUAGAGAACGAACUCAACAACCUCCGUGGCGAGUUUGCAGAAUAUAAACAGAUGGUGCAGAAAGCACUGAACCAAUCUAUAGAAGGCAAUGGUGAGGACGACGGUAAAGAGGCGAAUGCUUCCAGCUCACGGCGGUUUCAGGAGGCAGAGAAGGGUUACUUUACCUCUUAUGCUUAUAAUGCAAUCCACGAGUCAAUGAUUAAGGACUCCAUACGCACCGAUGCGUAUCGUGAUUUCAUUUAUGAUAACAAACAUCUGUUCAAAGACAAAGUUGUUCUUGAUGUUGGCUGCGGAACGGGCAUCUUGUCCAUGUUCUGCGCUAAAGCGGGUGCAAAGCAGGUUAUUGCGGUGGACAACUCAGACAUCAUCAGCAAGGCGCGUGAGAUUGUAUAUGAGAAUGGGUUCGAUGGAGUUAUCACAUGUCUGCGCGGAAAAAUUGAAGAAGUUAUCCUCCCCGUGAAGCAGGUCGACAUCAUCGUCUCUGAAUGGAUGGGCUACUGUCUCCUAUUUGAAGCAAUGUUCGAUUCCGUUCUCUGGGCGCGCGACCGCUACCUCGUGCCUGGCGGUCUCAUGGUCCCCUCACAUGCCACCAUACGUAUCGCUCCAGUUGCUUCCUCAGACAUUGUACAGGAACAUAUCACAUUCUGGAAGUCAAUCUAUGGCUUCAACAUGUCUAGUAUGCUCGAAGGUGUGCACGACGAAGCCAUCGUCCGCAGCCUGAAGCCUGAAAUAAUGGCUGCUGAAUCAGACCUCUUCCUCUAUAUGCCGCUGCACACCAUCACCGCCAAAGAGCUGAUAUUCACGAAGGAAUUCACCGUUACACUUUCCCAUGAUAUUGACUCUCUGGAUGGCUGGGCUGUAUGGUUUGAUAUUAUAUUCAUGCCCUCAGCUGAUAGCAAGCUAACUCCAGAAGACGCACUACCAGAGUUAAUGAAGAAACGUGAUAUAGUAGCUUUCACUACUGGCCCCGGUGGACAGGAAACACAUUGGCAGCAGGGACUCUUCUUGAUCGACCAGAAGAAAAACCCUACCGCCGCAAUGAAGAAAGGCCAAGUAGUUAGUGGGUCGAUCGAGUACCAGAAGAAGGAUGAAAAGUCGCGGUUGUUGGAUAUCACCAUUGGCUGGAAUUCAGAUGGUAAGUCUGGAAGUCAGAAAUGGUCUUUGGCGUAG